CACACCACUGUAUGUUGUCCUCAUUUGCAUACAUAUUACAAAUAUUACUUUAAGGCAUUUCCUGUAAGCCCUUUAGUUGUAUUCAGUUGCCCCACAUUCACACGUAUAGCUGUAGACUGUAGAAAUGAUUUAUGAACCAAUGGCAACCUAGACUAGACAACCACGCAGAUUACAGUGCUGAGUACAUAUUUUUCUUUAUUUUUCUUGUUGACUUACAAGCACAUUCAGAGCCUCUGUACCAGUGUGUUAUGUUAUGUGGAGAGUCUUAGACACGUGUGUCAUUAACAUUGUCCAACACCGAAUCAAAUAGGUGACUGUUACUACAGUUGGUAGGACGAAGCUUGUCACAUGACUCAUUUCCUUUCUUUCUCUCUUGCUCUGUAAUGUAAGAAGUGCCCCAUUUUCUCAGUAGUCACAGUAUUUGUACCUCUAUCUACAACUGACACAUGCCUUCCUGUUCUGUUUGCCUCUGUGUUCAUAUAGGUGAAGAGAGAUUAUACCCACCCAGUCAUGGCCAGGAAUUCUAGCAGCUUCAAACUAGACAAUGCCACCCUGUCCCUGUUUCAGGAUGUAAACACUGGCAUCAUCAUUUCUGUCAUCUACAUGCUUGUCACAGCCAUUAAUCUGGUAGGAAAUGGCCUUUCCAUGUGGCUCCUCCUCUUCCGUACCUCCCCUAAGACUCCUUCCAUCAUCUUCAUGAUUAAUCUCACUCUCACCGACUUGGCCCUUGGUACCGCCCUGCCCUUUCAGAUCGCCUACCAGCUCCAAGGAUACCACUGGACUCUGGGAACAAGGACAUGCAGUUUUGUGACCCUUAUGUUCUACACCAAUAUGUACUGUUCCAUCCUGACCAUGAUGGCCAUUGGCAUUGACCGCUACCUGGGCAUUGUCAAACCCAUGCAAUUCAGACAGACCAGGAAGCGCAAGUUCAAUGCUGUCAUCGGCUGUCUCGUUAUGUGGGGUUUGGUCCUGAGUGUUCUGUACCCGCUGAUGACCACAGACCUGACCUUUGACAUUCCUGAGCUCGGGAUUACCACUUGCUUUGACGUGCUGAAAAAAGACAUGCUCCCGUCCAUGCUAGCCUGGGCAGCCUUCCUCCUCAGCAUGGUGUUCAUCCUUUUCCUCUUACCUUUCUGUGUCACAACAUUCUGCUAUGUUAGUGUCAUACGCAAACUGGCCAGAGAUUCCAAGACAGCCCAGAAAGAGAGAGCAAUACGCCUGGCCUUCAUUGUUCUCCUGGUCUUCACCGUCUGCUUUGCACCCAACAACAUCCUCCUGUUGAGUCACACUGUGCUGAGACUCUUCUAUAAGAAGUCUGCUUACAUGGCUUACAAACUGUCACUCUGUUUUAGCUGCCUAAACAGCUGCAUUGAUCCAUUCAUUUACUAUUUUGCAUCCAAAGAUUUCAGACAAAAGCUGAGACAAAUAUUGAAUCUGCAGAGCCUGAGUAGUAUGGACUUGGUUGCAACGGAUCAUAAAGAGAGUCUGUACUCAGCACAGUGUACUUUUGAAGGUCAAGAGAGAGAACAUAGCAAAGUAUCUCUGAUGCCAACACAAACCACAGAAUAGCAAGAGGGAAUGAGACAGAAAAUAAGAUUGAGCAAUUGAGAAAAAAAUCAAGUCAUGCUCUUACAACAUCCUAUCUUGGUUCAUAUUUCAAAAUAAUUUUACAUCAUCUUUUUGUGUGCAUCAUAGAAACAGUGAACAACUACAACUGAGCCUCUGUGCCACAAUCAGUCUUUAUUUCUGCAUAACCACCCAUCCAUCCUCCAUCUACUAUGUAUACCAUAUAUCCUGAACAGGGUUGUGGUGCAUUACAAUAUGUGUGUGUGUUUUUUUUAAGAAUGGCAAGCAUUUAUGGUCUGUAUACAUGUAUCAUAAUAGUUAACGUAAUUCUGCAUGUAGCAUGCACAAGUGCUAAUAAAAUGUGAAUAAAAUAUUUGUAUUAUUUUUCCCUUAACUUCCCAAACAUAGCACAGUUACCAUUUUGUAACAUUAUAUUUGAAUAUGUUUGUGUAAAUGUUUCUAUACUGU